CUUUGAGCUAAACAAGGUCGACUUCUAUAGGACAUUAUAUCGAAUCACAUUAGGCAGAAGAGCGGAAAAUGGAAAACUCAACGGAAAAUUUAAACUGGAAACUGAAUACUACUAAUAGUUCCGUGGAAAUAUUGCAAUUCACAUACAAACCCUACAUUGAAGAAAGUCCUGGAAAAUUCGCAGUUCUUGUCUUGUUUGCUGCAACGUUCUGUUUUUUGGGAGUUUUCGGCAACGUUCUGACUAUCAUUUCGAUUGUCAAAGAAGAGGUUCUUAGGGUUCCUGAAAAUUGCUUCAUCAUAUCUCGAGCCAUAUCAGAUAUAAUUUUAGCUGGAAUGAUUCUACCACUUACCAUAGCAGGUGUUGUGAAAGGAGAAGCCUACUACCACCAAAGGGCCACUCUAUGUAAGGCCCUUGCUGGAAUCUGCUGCUUGGUCUGCUUCUGUAACUGGUGGACGCUCGCAUCUUUGUCUGUUAACAGAUUGUUUCUAACAUGGUUUCCCCUAAAAUCACGCGCAAUUCUUACUUGGAGGACGACGCCUGCACUAUCCAUGUUUUGUUACGUCAUCGGUUUCUGUGUAGUGAGCCCUGCUUUAUUUGGAUGGAGUGUGCUUGAGUUCGACCCUGAGAUGAUGGUGUGCAUGGUUGAUGUCGACACUCUGCAUUAUAAUACGUUUAUAGUUCUUGCUAAUGCCAUUCCAUCAUCAAUUACGUUUGUAACAUUGGUAUUGACCGCCAUAAAGAUGAAUUCUAAACGUCGUCAGUUUGCAGUUGUUGGUCCGGAAGUCGAUGUGAUGGAGUCAACCGCUUUUGUCUCUGACAAUGAAGACAAAAGUAAAGCCAAACAACUUCUGAAGGAAUUAAGGGACGCUGCGAUGUCAGUCAAAAUGAUUGCCAGCCUAUUUGGCGUGACCUUUUUGUUAUGGCUCCCACUAACCGUCGUUAUGCUGUCGCACCAUGCACUUAAUUAUGGGCGCGAUAUUUGGGCCUUCUCCCUUUUAGUCGCCCAUUUACAGCCUGGUGUUGAUUGCUUCUGUUAUGUCUUUGUGAACCGUUAUUUCAGACGGGGAUACAAAAACGUGGUAUGUUUUGUAUUCUGUGGAUGGUCAAAUGGGAAAUGUAUAUGUAGCAGUUAAAGUUCCCCCUGUUGAAAAAUAAUGAAAAUGGACUACUGCCAGUAAUUAUAAACCUAGGAACGCUGCUCAUAGACUUAGAGCGCAGACUUCAAUAAAAUCCUUGCAAAGCUCAAAAGCUUGUUAGAAUAC